AUGAUUUUCUUGUUAAUUAUAUUCCUCUUGGUCCUCUUUUUUUCUGUGCUACCAGCGUAUUCUGGAGACAUAACGAAAAGAUUGGGCAAGUUUUUCUUGCAUGUUUCGGAUGAAGAAUUGAACCUGCGGUCACAAGUAAAAGAGCUGAAAGCAGAGCAGGACUCUAUCAGCAUGACUGAUGAAUUUGCUAGAUAUGCCAAAAUUCAACGACGCAUAGACAAAUUGAUGACACAGGUCAAAGAAUCAAAUUCAACCAGGAUGCAGAAGAGCUCACUGUUGUCAUUGAUUGUCAGAAUUGGAAUAUAUGUAAUUCAAGCAUUUACAAUGCUAAGUUUGGUUUUCCGGUACCGUAAUGAGCCAUUGCUAAUGUUUCCAUCAGAAUGGUUUUACCCUUUACAAAAGUUUGUAGCUCUGCCUACAGGAAUUCCAGGUGCCCUGGGUAUAGCAUGUUGGAUCAUGUUGUGUACUGCUACAGUUUAUCGUAUCAAACAGUUCCUGGUCACUUAAUCGUCAAUGUAUCCUUGGUCUUUGUUAGACUCUUGAAUACUCCUGUGUGUUUCAGCUGACUUUGGAACACUGGCAAUGACUGGAAAAUGUUGGUUCAUGGCAAACAAAACAUAUUGAACUGCAGCGAGAGGUUCAUUCCAGAUUUUGUGACAUCACAAUAAAAAUCUUCAAAGGGCAUGAUGAUAUAUUUUACAAAUUACAAAGGACUGGAUAUGAUGUUUGUGGUAUAUCUUUGUCAAGAUUUUUUUAUUAAUUUUGUUGUUUUUUUAAGAAAAUAUUUUCUUAAUUUUGGAUAAGAAUGAGACUAAGUGCUAUUAUGUGAAUGAUAAUAAAAUCGUGACAUACAGGGAAAAUUAAAAAAUUGAAAUCACAUCUUAAUCCAAAACUUAGCUAAAUGCAAAAUUCAGCAGCAGUUAUUCGUAUUACAUGUAAUUAUUGAUAUUGCUACUGAAAGUAUAGAUGAUAUUACUUUGUGGUGUAAGAUUCUGUUUCAAAUAAAACAAUCUCAAUUUGAACUAAUUUUAUCAAAUUAUCUCCCUUUAAUUGCCAACACCUCUACUGUCCUGACUGCCCAAUCAUGAAUUUAUUUUUUUUGAGUGCAUUAUAAUAAUUGAAUAUUGCACAAUGCUUUCUCUAUGUAUUUUAAACUAAUGUUUUGCCAUAUUUAGAGAUACUCACGCUUGUGUUCAAAAUUUCAAAUGACAUGAGAAAUAUACUUUCUGUGUAACCAUACACAUUGUUUGUUUCCCCAAAAGUGAUAUAUGAACAGUAUUUUUCUAUUGUAAACAAAUACUAUAUAUAACCUGUGAACCCUUUAUUUUUAAAAUAGGCUAGUUCUACACUACACUUAUUAUCAAUUUGUUAUAUAUCAUCCAGCACCUCGGAUAAAAGCUUACAUGUAUAGAACAGGAACUCUUAUAAAGCUCACUUGUAUUUUGUUUGUUAUUCUGCUCGGUUUCUCCCUAUGAAAGGAUGGAUAGACUGCAGUAUUGGUGUUCAAAUUAACAUAAAAAAGGUUUUUUUUAGGAAAACAUUUUAUGAAAAGUUUGAGUUCCUAAGUUGAUAAAGUAAUAAUAAGGUAAUUUAUUGAAUGGAUUUGUGAUUAAAAUUCGUUGUUUUAUAGAAAUUUGUUGAAUAGCAUAUCUAUGACAUGGAAUCAAAGGUCAAGGUCUUCAAGGAAAAGAAAUGGUCAAAGUUUGUUUCUGUAAACUGACAAUUUUUUUCUUUAAGAAAUAAUGUAAUAUAUUAAGGGAUGUAGUACAUUUUAUGUAUUUGUGAAUCUCAUUAGAUGUUGCUUACCAGUAGUCAAGGUCGUUGGGUCAAAUGUCAAGGUCAAAUUGCUGAUUAUGAUGUGAUAGAUAGUCAUAUUCUUUGAAAAACAAAAAAAUAACAAACAAAAAAGUAAAUCAAACCUGGUCAAUGUCAACAGGUCAAAGUUCAAUGUGUCUGUCAUUUCCAAUUGAUAUUCAAACUCCAAGAUGGUUAUUUGGUUUGUGUUUGAUGAUUUUGAGGGUAUCAGUUAGUCUUCAAACAAACCAAGUUUAUAUGGUUGAUUAUUCGAGGGGCAUUUGUGUAGAAUGAAGUGAGGUAUGUAAAAGUUUAUUAUUCUAUGUUUAAUUCUAUUGUGUUGUUAUUUUAGCAGGAUGUAUAUGUGUAUGUUAUCAAUUUUAGAUUGACAUCAUACAAUAAACAAUAUCUAACAAGAAAA